AAGGACUCCCUAAUCACCAUGGGGAGAGAGAAAAAAUUUCACACCUAGAAUACGAGUCUGAUUUGUCGAAAUAUCAGAUACCUGAUAUACUCUCCAAAUUUUGCAGGAAAUAAACCAAAAAUGAACCGGUCAGGGUCACCCACAGGGUGACACUAUGAACCCUUGGAUUGGUAUCAUCUCAAAAAAUCAUGAUUGUAAGACGUUUCCUAGGGCACUUUAUCCACUAAAAAUCACCAAUGGACCAACUCCCUUGUGCUUAAAUGGUAAUCAUAUUACUUGUGCUUCCUUCCUUAAACCAUGAAAUUUGGACUCUUCACGUAGUUGUAGCUUGAGAAGGAGCCCAUGUCCAUUCUCUGAUCUCUGUGUCAGAUUUUGAAGUUCUUAAGUUUCACUCAGUAACCAACCCCGGUUCCAGAACCCAGAUCCAUCUCUUGCAAUGGCAAUGUCCUCGCUGUCGUGGUAUUCCGUCUUCCUUCUUCUCUUCUCCUGUUUUCUUAAUGUCAUGGCAGCAAAGCAGACCUACAUUGUACAUAUGAAUCAUCACCAUAAGCCCUCACCCUUCGCCACGCACCAUGAUUGGUACGUUUCCCACCUCCAAUCCCUCUCAUCCCAUCCUUCCUCCCUUCUCUACACCUACACCACCGCCUACCAUGGCUUCGCCGCCUCCCUUGACCCAAACCAAGCCGCGUCCCUCCACCUAUCCUCCUCCGUUCUGGGUGUGUUCGAUGACUCAGUAUAUGACCUCCACACCACUCGUACCCCCGAGUUCCUGGGCCUUGACACCAACUUAGCCUCGUGGGCCAGUGACGGUCACCGCACCCAGGAUCUCAACCAAGCUUCCCAAAAUGUCAUCAUUGGCCUCCUCGACACCGGCGUUUGGCCGGAAUCCAAGAGUUUCGACGACUCAGGAAUGCCGGAAAUCCCUUCCAGAUGGCGUGGCCAGUGCGAAUCCGGCGUCGACUUCAGCCGUUCUCUGUGUAACAAAAAACUCAUCGGAGCUCGUAGCUUCUCUAAAGGAUACCUAACGGCCUCAGGUGGGAAAUUCAAGAAGGAACCCAAGGAGAGCAACUCGCCUCGUGACCAAGUCGGACAUGGGACCCACACGACGAGUACGGCUGCUGGGUCCCACGUCGUGAACGCUAGCUUUCUCGGGUACGCUAACGGUACUGCACGUGGGAUGGCUAUACGGGCUCGGGUCGCCAUUUACAAGGUGUGUUGGAGCGCCGGUUGCUUUGGUUCGGACAUAAUUGCUGCCAUGGAUCGUGCCAUCGCCGACGGUGUGGAUAUCAUCUCGCUUUCACUGGGAAGUAAAUCUCAGCCUUACUACCGUGACCCAAUUGCUAUGGGAGCAUUUACAGCCGUUGAGAUGGGGAUCUUCGUGGCCUCCUCCGGCGGGAACACUGGGCCCGGCCAGGCAACGGUGGUCAAUGCGGCUCCUUGGAUGACCACCGUCGGUGCCGGAACACUGGAUCGUUAUUUCCCCGGUUACGUUCAGCUUGGGAAUGGGAAGAGGUUCGCCGGUGUGGGGCUCAACCGCGGAAGCAGGAUGGGUCUGAAAACGGUUGGAUUGGUUUAUGAUAAAACCAAUGGUUCGGGCAGCUUCUGUUUGCCUGGUUCGCUUGAGCCGGGGCGGGUUCGUGGGAAGGUGGUGCUCUGUGACAACGGUAUCAAUGAGCGAGUCGAGAAAGGUGAGGUGGUACGCGCCGCCGGGGGAUUGGGGAUGAUACUAGCCCAUGCCGCCACCAGUGGGAAGGUGUUGGUGGCGGAUUGCCAUAUGAUACCGGCGGUGUCAGUGGAAAGGAAAGUAGGGGAUAUGAUUAGGGAAUAUGUGGCUUCUGAUCCGAAUCCGAUGGCCUUGCUAAGCUUUGGAGGUACGAUGGUGAAUGUACGUCCAUCACCGUUGGUAGCGGCAUUCAGCUCGAGAGGGCCCAACGUAGUUACACCCCAGAUAUUGAAGCCGGACCUGAUCGGACCGGGGGUUAACAUCUUGGCCGCAUGGUCGGAUUUUGUGGGACCCACCGGUCUGGUGAAUGACACCAUGAAGACCCAGUUCAAUAUCAUGUCAGGUACAUCUAUGUCGUGUCCCCACAUCAGUGGGGUAGCUGCAUUGCUCAAGGCGGCCCACCCGGAUUGGAGCCCAAGCGCCAUCAAAUCCGCGCUCAUGACAACCGCAUAUACCCACGACAACACCAAAUCCCCGCUCCGCGACGCCGCAAGUGGUGGUUUCUCCACACCAUGGGCUCAUGGGUCGGGUUAUGUGGACCCGCAUAAAGCACUCUCCCCUGGCCUUGUCUACGAUACGAUCCCCGAAGACUACAUCGCACUACUCUGCUCCUUAAACUACACAAUCGAUCAAGUUCAAGCCAUCACUAAGAGGCCCAACGACACUUGUACCCGGCGGUUCAGAGACCCGGGCGAGCUCAAUUAUCCGUCGUUCUCGGUGUUGUUCGCAAAGACCCGACGGUUUGUUGGGUACACCCGAGAGUUGACCAAUGUCGGAGCUGCUAUCUCUACCUAUGAAGUUACUGUGCGUGGGCCCUCAUCCGUAGAGGUGAAAGUUACUCCCACUAGGCUUGAGUUCCGAAAGGUGGGGGAGAAGCUUAGAUACAGAGUCACCUUCGUGGCAAAGAAAGCUAUGGAUCGGGUUGAAACGGGUCCGGAGUUCGGGUGGAUCGUUUGGGUUAACCAGCAAUACCAAGUUCGAAGCCCAGUUUCUUACGAAUGGACGCAAUCACAAUCGUAAUCGAAAUUCACGUUCUCCAUUUUAUGACAGUGAUGAACGGCUAAAAAUCCAUCUUUCCAUUGUCUGUCUUGCUUGAGUACGAAAUCAGUUUUACACCGGCUGUGUUGGUAGAAGUGGAGUUUGGGAAAAUCUGUGUUAAGCCACAAAUCUGAUUGAGUUAUAUAUAUGGAGAGAGAAACAAAAGAAAAACAUUUCCUAUUGUAAGAAAUUGAAAACGUUUUCUAAUAGGUAUGGAAAACAGUCAUUUUAUAUUAUGUUUUUUGGUAAAAAGAAAGCAGAUUUACCCAAAUAAAAAAGUAUGAGAUCGGUUCACUCUUGGCCAA